GCACAUCAUCUCUCCUCCCCCUCGACUCCGUAGCUCAGUUACCUCUAGACCUCUCCAGGUACUGAUCCUGGAGCAGACCGAGUCCUGGUCCGCGACCUGAACCGGGAGGAAUGAUGUGGCUGAUCGUGUUGGCCAGUUUACUUCAGUGCGCCUCGGCCUACGACGUGGAUCUGAAGAAACUGGACGGGCUCGCAAAAGCGAGGGUGGAGACAUGUGGUGGAUGACAGCUGAACAGGCUCAGAGAGGUCAAAGCCUUUGUGGUCCAGGAUAUUCCUCUGUACCAUAACCUGGUGAUGAAGCACAUUCCUGGGGCCGACCCUGAGCUUGUCCUCCUGAACCAUUAUUAUGAAGAGUUGGAUCGGAUUCCCCUGUCUGACAUGACCCGCUCUGAGAUUAACGCUCUCCUGGGGAACCUGGGUUUCUAUAAGAAGGCUCAACCUGAGGAUGAGGUGCCAGAGGAGUUCCGCUUCUCUCCUGCCAAAGACAGCCCAUUUAAAGACGAGCCAGCCGACAAACCUUCCACUUCCUCUCUUGCCACAGAGAACACAUCCUCAGAUCCCAAUGCAGAAGUCGAGCACACUGACCUAUAACCUGUCAGAGUGGAGAAAACAAUGUUUUGUCAUUUCAGAAUAAGGCCAGCAGAUCAUGGAUCAGCUCCUGGGGAAGGACACAGCCUGAAUUUGCACAUAACACAUUUUUCAUGCCAUUUGUUCUAAAGAAGCGCAUUUGUCAUUGUUUUUUGUUCCAUCAUGUGUGAGCUGCUGUCAGCAUCUUCACCUGUCUUGAGUUCUCGUGUCUCAUUUGCGUCCUACCUACUGUGAAACUGAAUGAAGCUCCAGGCUGAAAAUCUUCUGACCGGCCUGAGGUUGAUGAGACAUGUUUCUGGUGGGUUGGACUGAUAGACACAAGAUGAUUCAAACUGGAUUAUAAAAGAAAAAAAUUAAAUAUUUUUUAAAAAUCUCUCUC